AAUCAGCUUCGGUUAGGCUGUCCGAUACCUUGAUUGUGAGAGUUUGGGGCGACGACGGAGGAAAUGAGAGGAAACCUUUGAAAUGACAGUCUGCAGAUAAAAACCGAAACAAAAAAUAACGAAUAAAUAAACCUAUGAAUCUGUGUAAUGGAGCAUCCAGUCAAAGCUCCCAAGGAUGAUGUCAUAUAUAGUGAACCUGAUGUGAAGAUCUAAGGAGGAAAUGAUACCAGAAUCUUCUGCUGCAGCUGCAUCCAGGUCUUCAGAUAGAAAUGCAAACUCUCAGGUUGGGACUACCUCAGCUGGAGCUGUCAGUCACUCUGAAGAUGAGUCAGGGAAUGAGAACAGACGGAAGAGUGUGAGAAGAAGAAAAAGAGCGUGCAGUGUCUCGGAGAAUGUCAAACACAAAAGAGCCAGAGCAAGCGGCAGCAGGGUUAGAAAGGCACAGGAUAAACAUGCCAAAGAGAAGCAGGUGGAGGCGGUCACCCUGUUUGAAGUCAUCACCAUGGGCAAGAGUGCCAUAGAGGCCGUGAUAGAUGACUGGAUUGAAGCGUACGGAGCGGACAGAGACUCCUCUCUACUAGAUCUCAUCAGCUUCUUCAUCCAGUGCUGUGGAUGCAAAGGAGUGGUGACAGCAGAGAUGUGCCACAAUAAAGAGGAUAAAGAUGUGAAGAGUAAGAUGGUUGAGGAGCUGGAUGAGGGCGCUGGUCUGCAGUACAAGCGUUUUCUUGCUUUUCCAUGGAUCCUGACAGUCACCUGGCCAAUGGAUGCAGAUUGUGCGGAUUAUCCUCUCGCGCAGUCCGGACCGUCUGGUCGCUGGUUUCACUCCGAGCUCUGUGAUUUUGUGUCGGUGCUGGUGGCUCGGUGUCAGCACAGCGUCCUUUUUGACAGCUACCUGAUGGGCAGCCUCAUCUCGCUGCUCACCGAGCUGUCAAACUCAUUCAUGAGGGCAUUCAGACACACGUGCACCCUCGCAGCUGUGAAGUUGCUGAGCUCUCUGCUCACUGUCGCCCUGAGCCUGAGUGUUGGGGUUGAGAACAGUCAGAAGCUGUACGACGUGCAGAGGACAAAGACAGCGAGACAGAAGAGCUCUCAGCAGCUGGAAAGAAUACAGAAGAAGAUCUCUGAGUUGCAGGAAAAGAAAGCGGAGGUUGAGAGCAUGAUGGACAUCCUCGUCAAAGGAGUUUUUCUUAAAAGAUAUCGGGACAUUCUUCCAGAUAUCCGCUCUGUCUGCAUGGAGGAGUUAGGCUUGUGGAUGAAGCUCUACAGUUCUGCAUUCCUCAAUGACAGUUACCUCAAAUACAUGGGCUGGAUGAUGCAUGAUAAGGUCCCUGAUGUGCGUCUCAAGUGUGUGUUAGCUCUGCAGGGUCUGUUCGGUGAUCCUGUCCUCCUCCCCAAACUAGAUCUAUUUACCAGUCGAUUUAAGAACCGUUUGGUCUCCAUGGUGCUGGAUAAGGACAACGAGGUUGCAGUGCAGACGAUGAAACUAUUGGUGCUAAUCUCCAGAGCUACAGAUGAGGUGCUCACUGCUGAGGACUACAAGCAGCUCCUUCAGGUUGUUUUCGCCUCUCAUCGUCCUCUUGCUGCCACUGCAGGGGAGAUGCUCUACUCAAGGAUUCUCAGUGCUGUAACUCCUACCUCUGAUGAUCAGGAUGAAGGGAAUGAAGAGGAGCAAAGACAACAGAUACUUAAAGCUUUACUGCAGUUUUAUCAGGAGUCUGAGCUCCACAAGCAUGUUGUUUAUCUGGUGGACAGCCUUUGGGACUGCGGUGCAUCUCUGCUGAAAGACUGGCCGACACUCACAGCUGCACUGCUGCAGAGCAGCCCAGGUUUUACUCCAGCAGAACAAGCAGUGAUUGUGGAGAUCCUGGUUGCGUCGGUACGUCAGGCUGCAGAGGGGCCAGCUCUGGUAGGGAGGAGCGGGACCAAGAAGGUCAUGAGCAGCAGGGAGAAGAAAAUUCAAGCUGACGACUGUUUAAACCUCACUGAACAUCUGUUUUCUGUGCUCCCUAAGUUACUUUCCAAGUUUUCAUGCACUGGCGAUGCUGUGGCUUCCCUGAUGCGGAUUCCUCAGUACUUCCACUCAGAUAGUCAGGAGGCUAAAAACUCACAGUUAGUUUCUAGCCUGAUGACAGAGAUGGCAGCUGUUUUGGAUCUCCACUCGAGUCCUGCGGUUCUUGAAGCAGCGGCUCGGACUUACCUCAGUCUGUGUGGCGAUGGAGCAGCCUGGUCCUCUGCAGCCAGAGCUUCACGGGACGCUCUGGUCCAGCGCUGGGUGGAUGAACUGACAGGGCUGCUGGGGGAAUCACUCAGGGGAGGCUGUUUUUCUGCUGAAGAAGAGAAGAUCAGACAAAUUGUAACAACGCUGAAGAAACUCAAAGCUUUCCACAACUGUCAUGACCUCGGUCGAUGGAGCGUGUUUGAUCUGCUGUCUCCUCUGUUGAUGGACAACAGCAGCCAGGGAGGAGCGCCACCCGAGCUGUUGGAGGAGGCACUGCAGUGCAUGUCAUUCGCUAUGCUGUGGUCCCUCUGCUCAAGUAGUGAAACUUUAACUUGCAAGGAGAAGGCUGUGGCCCAGAGGCUCCAGCUGCGACUGUUUUGUGAGAGGAGCCAUCGGUGUCUCUCCCACUGUGACCACGGCGUGAGGACUCAGGCUUUUCUGGGGGUGUGCGAUGUUCUGAUGGCUCACUCAUACCAGCUGCAGGUGUGGGAUCCCACCUGCUUCGGCCCGCUGCUCUACACGCCCAGUCCCAAACUGCAGAGGGCGCUCCUCUCCUUCGUAUCCCUGCAUGUGUUUGUCGUCCCAGACUGUGACAACCAAAGCAGAGUCAGUGAAUGCUCUGAAGUGGAGAGACUGGAGGAUCUCCACAGAAGAAGAAAUCUGCUCGCCGCCUACUGCAAGCUGAUUGUCCAUGGAGUGCUGGAGAUGAGCGCGGCCGCCGAGCUCUACCCGCACUACAUGAAGCUUUACAGCGACUUUGGAGACAUCAUUAAGGAAACCAUCUACAGGACCAGACAAAUAGAUAAAAUAGAGAGCGCUCGUACUCUCGUGCUUUGUUUGCAGCAGCUGUUUAUGCAGCUGAAGCGGGAACAGGACAGCGGUGGCAGAGCUCACUCUGGAGUGCAGACGUUCACCUGCAUCAAGGAGCUGGCCAGGCGCUUCGCCCUCACAUUCGGAGACCUUGUCAAGUUCCGUGAGUGUCUCGUCAUGAUCCACAGACACGGCAUCGAGUUUGUGUUCCAAGAGUUCAACCAGACUCCAGACAACGCUACACCUCCGUACCUCUCCUACCUGACUAUCCUCAGCGAGUUCUCCAACAAGCUGCUCAAACCAGACAAGAAGACAGUGCUCUCCUACCUGCAAAAGCACACAGCAGAGCACAUAAUUGACCUCAGGGAGGAUCGCUGGCAGCCACUUAUCUACUAUCGUGCUUCUUUAUUGGCUGUGGCAGAAGCGGAGGAUGCCGUGUCGUAUGUAAGCUCCGACAGGAGGCCCUACCACAGUCGCUCUCCCGUCUCCAAACAGAAAUUGGAAGGGUACAAGUCCCCAAGUCAAGUUCGUCUAACUGAUCCUGUUAGUAAGGUUAACAAACCAAGUAUCGGCCAAAGUUCUCAGGUGAUCCUGGGCAACAUGGAUCCCUUCCACGUUCCUCCAGAGCUUCCUAGGAAAAGCCACAACAUAGCUUCAGCCGUUUUCAGCGAGUCAGACGAUGGCAGCGUGGACGUCGAGCUUUGAGAAACAGGAAACCGAAGUGGAUCGUCUCUCUUGUCUGGACAAGGCUUUCAUCGGCUCUGGAUCAGAUCUGAACCACCAGUGUUUUAAGCUCUAACAUGAUAAAAAGGCCCAAACCAAGUAUGACUUCUCGCACCGCAAAGCACCUUUUUUUCUUCCAGCACUACUUGAUGUCUAAUGUUAAUAAGCUGGUAGAUGAAGAAGAGCCAAAUUAACUCUAAUUACUCUAAAAAGAUACAGGGUUCUUAGUGUUUGACUUCUUCUAGUAUCAUUUCCAGCUUUGGACAAGUAUAGAAAAAAAAAAAAGGAAAAACAUUUCAAUUUUAUUUUCUAGGAUGCAUUUUUAAGAAAAGAAAACAUUUUAAUUAUUAUAAAUGUCCUGGUAUUAGAUUUUCCACCCCAGCGUGACCUUUUUAGUUGAAUUUUAGGAAUCAUUUUAGUCUUGGGUUACCAGCUGAGGAAAAUGUAAA